UGGUGUGUUGAGCACGUGUAUUUGUGUUUUGUUUAUUAUUGCCGCAUUGAAGCAGCUUUGCAAUAUAUUUAAUUUAUAAAAGAAAGUCGCAAUAUGAAGUUUGGUUACAAAUUUUCGAAUUUGUUGGGUACAAUUUAUCGCAAUGGCAACUUGGUUUUUACACCAGAUGGAAAUUCAGUCAUCAGUCCUGUGGGCAAUCGGAUAACCGUAUACGAUCUUAAGAACAAUAAAUCCCGCACGCUGUCUUUGGAGUCUCGAUACAACUACACAAACAUUGCCCUGUCUCCGGAUGGAAGUCUGCUGAUAGCUAUCAAUGAGAAGGGCAAUGCACAGCUCAUCAGUAUGGUCUCCUGUACAGUGAUACAUCGUCAUAAGUUCCAAACGGGAGUUCAGUGUGUCAACUUUAGCCCAGACGGCAACUACUUUGCGGUGGCAAGGGAGAAUCUUGUGCUAAUAUUUAGCGCUCCGGGAGAAAUUACUGGCGAGUACAAUCCAUUUGUGCUAAGACGCAGUUUCCUUGGCGGCUAUGAUGACGUCACGUGGCUGGAUUGGUCCUCAGACUCAAAGCUGCUUGCCAUCGGUUGCCGCGACAGCUCCACCAAAAUAAUUGCUGUCAAAUUCACGCCAAACUUCCGAACCUACAAUCUGAGCGGUCACACGGAUGCCAUUGUCUCGUGCUUCUUCGAAUUGAAUAGCUUGCACAUCAACACGGUGAGCCGUAAUGGUCAAUUGUGUCUGUGGGAGUGCAGCAUGGAACCCUCGGACUUGGAAGCCGAUGAAACUGACGCUGUGCCACCACAACGCAAACGAAAGACGCCUUUUACGCAAAAGGGAUCGGAUGGGGAGAACGAAUCCGAAGAUGAUGUCGAAAAUAAUGUGGAAAAACCAGCAUUGGAAGGAGACGUAACCGAAGACCAGAACGAAGUUAAGGACGAGAGCGUGAAAAAGACUCAUCCAUUCUUUUACAAGAAGCUGGGACGGCAUUACUUGGCUAAUGAGCCGCGCAAGGAGAAACGAGAUGCACUCCUAACGGCAGCCAAUUACAAUCGUCAGACCAAGGUUUUGGUUGUGGCCUUCAGCACUGGUGCCUUCUAUCUGUACGAGCUGCCCGACGUCAAUAUGAUACACUCCCUGAGCAUCUCCGACUAUCCCAUAUCCACAGCACUCUUCAACUGUACUGGUGAUUGGGUAGCCUUGGCCUCAAGAGAAAUUGGCCAACUCCUAGUGUGGGAGUGGCAGAGCGAGCAGUACAUUAUGAAGCAGCAAGGGCACAGCAGUGAGAUGACGUGUAUUGCCUACUCGCCAGAUGGACAGUAUAUUGCCACCGGCGGCGAGGACUCCAAAGUGAAGCUGUGGAACACUCAAAGCAGCUUCUGCUUUGUCACGUUCAGUGAACACACGAGUGGAGUGACCGCUGUCCAAUUCAGCCGUAAUAAGAAGUUCCUUGUUAGCAGUUCUCUGGACGGCACAGUGCGUGCUUUUGAUAUCAUAAGGUAUCGCAAUUUCAGGACAUUUACGUCGCCAACUCCAGCUCAGUUCGCUUGUGUUGCUGUUGAUUACUCUGGCGAGCUGGUUGUGGCUGGAGGACAAGAUAUUUUCGAGAUAUUCCUGUGGUCCAUCAAGACGGGCAAGCUAUUGGAAGUUAUCAGCGGCCACGAGGGUCCUGUAACCUCUGUAGCAUUCUCUCCGGUCUCCACCUCGUCGACGCUCAUUUCGGGCUCCUGGGACAAAACGGUUAAGAUUUGGAACUGCCUCGAAAGUAACAGUGAGCACGAAACAAUCGAAGCCCUUUCUGAUGUCACCUGUGUAACAUUUAGUCCAAGUGGUGACGAGGUCGCCGUAGCCACGCUUGCUGGUAACAUUACAAUCUUUGACGUGAAAUCCGCAACACAAGUGACCACGAUUGAGGGGCGCGAUGAUCUGGGAAGUGGACGCUUGGAGACUGAUGUUGUGACUGCUAAAAAGAAUGCACAGUCGAACUAUUUCUCUACGAUAGAGUAUUCGGCAGAUGGAGAAUGCCUGCUGGCAGCAGGAAAAUCCGCAAACAUUUGCAUAUACCAUGUUCGUGAGGCAAUCUUGCUGAAGAAAUUCCAGAUAACACAGAACCACAGCUUGGAUGGACUAAACGAGUUCAUUAGCCGGAAGCAUCUGAGUGAGUUUGGCAACAUGUCAUUGGUGGAACAGCGGGAGGAACUGGAGGGAGGAAACGUGGCAAUACGCUUGCCAGGCGUGCGCAAAGGCGACAUGUCCUCUCGACGCUUUCAGCCCGAAGUGAGAGUCUUCUCCGUUCGGUUCUCUCCGACGGGACAGGCAUUUGCUGCCGCAGGAACCGAGGGACUUUGCAUCUAUGCUCUAGAUAAGGGUGUUGUCUUUGAUCCGUUCGAUUUGUCACUCGAAGUGACGCCGAAAGCAACACAUGACGCGCUCAAGAAGCUGGAGUAUACGCAGGCCCUCGUUAUGUCCCUGAAACUAAACGAGCCCAAUUUGGUGACCUUAGUGCUGGAGCGUGUGCCCUAUAGGGACAUCGAGCUACUCUGUGGGGACCUAUCGCCCGAUUUUGCCCAGCGUUUGCUGCAACACCUAUCCCGCCUGCUGCAAUCCUCGCCCCACAUUGAGUUCUAUCUGCAGUGGUGCUGUUGCUUGUUAACCACUCAUGGCUAUCAUGACGGCGUCUUCCAGCAGACGGCUCUGCUUGGAUUACACGAAAGUAUAUCGCGCAAAUAUGAGAUGCUAAACAAAAUUUGUGACUAUAACAAGUACACGAUACGCGUGCUGUUGGACAGGUCAGAGAAGCAGAAAGAGUUAAAGCAAUCCAGUGGCGACAAUGCCGAUGCAGCAAAUGAGGACAGCGAUGACGAUAUGCUGUUGAUCAGGAGCCAUGAUGAUGAAGAAGUGAAACGGGAGUUCAAUAAUGACAGCGAGGAGGAUACGGACGAUAUUGCUGAGGAAAGCGACUCGACGUAGUGUAAAUUGAUUAGAUAUUGUUGUUAACUCCCCAGCUAAUUAUAAUUAAAUAUGAUGAAUAUGAGUUAUCGUGACAUUCAACAGUUUUUUGUAAACUCCAUUAAAGGUUUUGUUUAGAAUCAAA